GAGUGCGUGCGGAUCGCCAUCGCGGAUCGGUGGUGGUAGUGGCGUAUGCGUCCAACCCGGAGCGGCAGUGAUAGUCGUGUUGCUACACCGCUGUUGGCUCACUCUCGUUCAAACAGCGCAACCGAUCGCACACGUCUGCUGCUGCUGCUGCUGCGCGCGCACACACAGGCUCCCCAAUCUGGGAAGUUAGGUACGGCAAACCGAUCGGUCGGGUCGCAAUCGUUGACGACUGAUCCCCCCGGUAUUCAUUUGUUCAAUCGGUGCGAGCGUGAGAAGCCCACGCGCGCCAACAACAAAAAUAAGUGAGCCCCGAAGUGAGAGUGAGAGCUGAGUCGGUGCAAACAAAAAAAAAAAAGCCGAAAGUAGGGACGGUGAGACAGUGGAAAAGUCGGUGGAAUCGGGCCAUUUGGAAUCACCCCCAGCGAAGUGACCCCCUACCCUACUACUACCACUACUAGCACCAUUACUACUACCACCACCUUCGUGGCUACUAAGCGGGAAAGUCACACACAGAGAGUGAGAGUGAGAGAAAGAGCGCCGGAGUGAGCGAGUGAGCGUCCACCGGGUGAGUGAGUGUGCGAGAAAGCGAGCGCACACGCAAGCGAAAGAAGCAGUUUGUUAAUAUAUAACAAGUUGCAUCAUAGUCUUAAGACUUCAGUCUUAAGAAAGUGUACCGUCCACCAACAUCUUUCGCAAAAAAAGCACCACGUACGCGGAAAACAAAACAAGCCGCGCGACGCGUUCUACAGCUGUUUACUACGCGCUAGAAUUGUUCGCGCUUUUUCGAGUGUUUUUAAUUUGCGUGUGUUUUUUGCUUUCGAAAAUUUUCGAACAUCGAAGUGUAAACAAUUCGGGCUAAAUGCUUCCUUGAUGUUCGCUGUCAGGAGCGGUGUAAUUGGUGUCGGCUGUGGACUGUACCGCAAGAUGGAGAACGUUACAACCGGUUGAAUCAUGGAUUAUUUCUACUUCUGGAUCUACAACAAAUGAGGACCGUUGUGAUGACAAAGUUGUGGUGCUAGUGAAUGCUUUUUGAAAUUGAUUCCGGCAGUGCUGUGUAAGCGUUGAGCAAACUUGACACAGUUGUUCUUGUGGUGUCUGAAUAUCUCAGAAAACGGACUGCGUGUGCUGGACCAGUGCAAUACGGGAAGAAAUUUGUUUGCGCUGUGAUAGGUGUGCAAUCGUAGUGUGAGAUUUUUUUCCCCACCGAGAAGAAUAGUAUCAGUGCAAUAUUUCGUGGCUGCCCUGCGGGAAGAAACAAACGCCUUUAUCGUCCUUAUCCUAGCCCACGACAAGCUUCCCUAGUGAGUGUAUGUGAGCGAUAGUGAGUGUGCGCUUUCCCUUCAUGUGUUAACCCUCUGGCAGCCAAGCAAGUGUCGCAAAAAUAUGGAAUCGCCUCAAAUGUACGAUACGAAUCAAAUCCAAGUGCGCAGUGAUAUCAAGAAGCUAACGAUGGCCGCGAACAAUAAUGUGAACGGUACGAACGGCACGGCCAACGGGGCCUCGCCGACCAACAACAACUCCCCGACGGCGAUUAAUCAGAACACGCUGGCGCUGAAGCAGCAGCAACAGCAGCAGCAACAUCAGCAGUCCCAGCAACAGGUUCAGCAGCAGGUUCAGCAGCAAGUCCAGCAGCAGCAGGUUCAGCAGCAGACCCAACAGCAGCAACAGGUCCAGCUUGGGCAGCUUCCAAGCAAUGGAGCGUCUGGCCUGCUUUCCAACGGGAACCUGCUGUCGAAGCAGAUGCUGCAGCAGAUCCAGUACUCCCAGUCCGAGCUGGACGAGCUAACGUCACAAGAGAUCUCGCUCGACCUGCAGCACCUGAUCGACGAUCAGUUCCGUGACCCGGAAGCGUUAGGCAUCUUCACCGAGAUGGUCACGGUCGGCAGUACGAACGGGACGAUGGCGAACCCGUUGGUGCAGACGGCCGCCGCCAAGGCUCUCCAGCUUCAGCAGGCUCGGCUCUCCCAACACACGAACGGUGGCAAUAGCUACCAGCGAUCGUUGGCGUACAUGCCUCAGCCUGUACAUACCGGAGCGGCCUACGGAAGCACCUCCAGUGAUGAGAACAGUUCCGUUGGAUCCUCGGCCGACUCGGCGAACAUCAAAGAAGAGCCCGUAGAUCCUAACGAGUACCGUCGGCAACUGCUCGCCAAUGGAGGCUCCGGUGGAGCUCAGUUCAUGGGCACCAUCAACGGUUACCAGGGACUACCAGGGUCGGGCGGAGGCACAGCUGGCGGCGGCGGUGGUGGUGGUGGUGCGACACCAAACGGAGUGUCCGGCCCCUUGGGAUCGGCCGGCGGUACCACCCCCAACUACGUCACCAACGGGAACGGGAACAGCUUCUCCAGCCUAACACCAGCCACCGUCCUACACCAUCAGGCCCUGCCCCACCUAUCCGGAGCCGCCCACCUGGCGAACCUUACCAAACACAGCAAAAUGCUACCGCACGUCGGUCGCAAAACGCAGCAGAAAAUCGUCGACAAGGGCACGGACGAGUAUCGGAGGCGACGGGAACGCAACAACAUUGCCGUCCGGAAGUCGCGCGAGAAGGCGAAGGUGCGGUCGCGCGAGGUGGAGGAAAAGGUGAAAACGCUGCUCAAGGAGAAGGACGUGCUGAUCCGCAAGAUCGAGGAGAAGAACAACGAGAUCGCACUGUACAAGCAGCUGUACAUGCACCUGAUGAACCACAGCAAUCCGGAGAUCAACCAGAUCUGUCGCAGUGCGCUGAACCUGUCCAACAUGGGCGACCACAUGUGAUCGGUAGACUCCCGUGCCGCGAUCCCUCCGCUGUAAAUAUGUGCGUGCGUGUGUGUGUGUGACCAAGAAAACUCUACACCACCGUCGUCCGAUCGGGCUCGAUCGUCUGCCGCCAGGUUUUAUCUCACUUUUUCCCAAAUAGCCUUACGCAGUCGAUCGGCGAUCGGGUCGUCGGGAUUGGGAUCGUUUUUGCCUUCCCCCGAUAUAGCGAGUUCCGUCUCCCGAAGAUUCCGCGUGGCGUUUUGUACCACGAACCAAAGACAACAGAGACUCUGCAUUCUUCCUGAGGAAAUUUUACUGGAAAGAAUCGAGCCAACCUAGACACGCAGACAACGCGAAACGCGGAAGUACGGGGAGAAACUGAGGAAUGCUUUAGGGGAGUGAAAACGAGUUUCGGUCGAACCUGGGCAGCUCGGAGUUACCACCGCCACACACGGACGCUGUGUGUGACAAGCAAAUUUGUGCGUGUUGGAAGGAACUUAAAUACCUGUACAUAGUGUUUAAGAGAUAUUCGUGUUUAUUUUCUAUGUUAUUAAUGUUAUUGUAAUUGUAUGCGCAGUGUGCAAAAGGCAUUGCCGACAGUGAGGACAAGGACAAGGGCAACACAACCAGGGGGGGGGGGGGCUGGGGAGACGCUGUAGAAUAAUACGUAGAAGACGAAGAAGUAAGCACGUUCGACUCUUACCUACUUAAGAACUGCACAAAGAUUUAUAUACACCGUGGGACAGCUGUUGAUAAGACUUGAUUAGUUUUGUUUGGUUUACUUCUUUUUUGUUUCUAUUUUGUUCCUUUUUAUUAUUUACUUUUGUAUUCUGGUGCAUUUGUUACUUUUCUUUUCCUUUUUUCUCUAACCAUUUCCUAAAUGUGAAAAGAUUUAUAUAAAAGGACCUCUCUUCAGUACUUUAUUUUCCUCUUCUUUUUCUAUUUGGCUAUGGAGCUAUUCACACUAUAGUUAAUCCUUGUAAGACUGACGUUCCUAUGGCUCAUCUUUCAAACUUCAUUCUCUUCUGUUUCUUCUGCUCUUUUUUUUCCUUUUGUUCCUUGUUUUUCUUUAUUCUCUUUUUUCUUUUCUCUUGUAUCACCUUCACCAUCUCGUUUUUCUUUUAUUUUUGGUUCUUUCACUUUCCUGUUUUUUUUUCUAUUUUUCUCAUCUAUUAUUUUAUUUGGCUCCUAAAACCUUCAUUUAAUCCUUUUCUUUAUUUUUAAUUUUCAUACUUCUUAUUCUAUGAUUUUACACGAUGCCCACUUUUCGGUUUCCUAGUUCUGAUUUUUCUUUUCAAUGAAAAUGCUCUCUUUCAUCACUUUUAUGCAUUAUUGUUCUUGUUUUCUUCAGAGUUUUUUCUUCUUUUUCCUUCAUAUUAAUCCAUUAAUUUCCAUUCUUUUAUACUUUUGUUUUCUCUUCUACCUGUUUCCUUCCAUCCAUCUGUCACUUCUACGUUCUCUUAUUUAACAAAAGACAUCAUUUGCAAUCUUUUUUUCUUCUUUUGUUCCCCUCCCUUGUUUAACUAACUCUAAUCAGGGCAGUAGAAAAGUUUAGUACCAGUAAUGUAAAUACAAGCAAACAGCACCGUACUCCAAAAACGUAACCUGCUUAUUGGAAGGAGAAAAAAAAGCGUAUAAUAUCGUUACCAGCGUGUGUACGCACUCCGCAACACUCUGCAGCAGCAGCAGUAUCGGUCUCUGACAUCAUUCUGUAAGUCGAUUAGAAUAUUAGGUGAAACGCACAUCAUCCACCACGGCGGCUCUAGCCAACGAACCGGGUAACCGGGUUCGAGAAACAUGAAACAUGAAGCAAUGGAACCGAGCGAUAAGUAAGCCGUUGGGGGUUGAAUAUUUAACAAAAAAAACUGGAGUGCGAGUUUGCUCCUGAUGUGAAAUGAAAGUGAAAGAGGAAGUCGCUGGUCAUUGCGAAGGUUUGCACAGUGACAACGAGCGAACGCAGCGAAACGCAAUCGAGGGAUCGAGAUACCGAAAUGAAACCGAAGAUAAAUUAUGAAAAUGGAUGAAACCGUGUUGCUAGUGAUGAUUGAUGCGUCCUACGAAUCGAAACUUUAAGUUACCAGAAUGUAGAAAAUAAUAUGCGAACAUUGGAAGCUCCUGCACCGAAAUAUGUUAGACAAAAUCACGUUCACUAGAUUCCCUCGUCACUUUCCUAUGAUCGUUCUGUUUAUUUUUUGUGUCUAAUGCGUUCAUUUUCCUUUAUUUUCUCGUGUUUGUGAAACAUUAUUGGACAGUUAUUCCAUCACAGUGACCAAUUUUGUGUAAAGAAAAUAAAAAUGUUCAACCAGUAAAACUUUGCAUAAAGAAAAUCGCAUACAUAGGAGUACAGUGUAAGUAAAACAGGAAAGGCAGCAGUGCAAAAUGCGUCAAACGGUCUCUGAUAAUAAAUGAUAGUUAAAUUGUAUACACCCUGUACACCCUGUAAAACACCACCACCUUUCUUCUCAGCUUGUGAUGGCAUACAAACUCCCCUUUGUAGUUAGCUGACUAGUAAUCGAUCGAAAAUCUACAUACACACGGGCUGAAUAAGUGUAAUAAACUCAUUUAAAAUAUGAAAAAAAAA